GCGGCCAAGCAAGUGGUGGUGUCUGUGGUUGGUGUGUCAGGCGGAGAGAGAGAAGGCGUGACAGGUCUAGGAAAGUCAUGUCUCUGCAACCGCUUCACCAAACCACAGGCCGACCAGUACUAUGUCGACCACAUCUCCGUCCUCUCACAGACGGACUUCAGUGGACGUGUGGUGAACAACGACCACUUUCUGUACUGGGGAGAGUCAGCGCGGGUGGCCGAUGAUGGUUUUGAAUUCAGUUUCCAAGUUAUUGAACAAACAGAAUUCAUUGAUGAUGCCUCCUUCAUGCCCUUCAAAGCGGGUAAGAUGGACCCUUACAUCAAGCGCUGUUGUGCCACCAAGAUCCAGUCGGCAGAGAAACUAAUGUAUAUAUGCAAGAACCAGCUAGGUAUAGAGAAGGAAUACGAGCAGCGUGUCUUGCCUGAUGGGAAGCUUAAUGUCGACGGGUUCCUGUGUGUGUUUGAUGUCUCGCAGGUCCCCAACCGCUCUUUAGAACGUCAAGUUGAACUUACUGCCAGUAUUCUAAACAACUGCCUUAAAACUAAAAGGCCAGUUGUUCUUGUAACAACAAAGAAUGAUGAAGCUAAUGAGGUAUAUGUGAAGGAGGCCGAGAAGUUAGCCAGCAGAAAAGAGUUUAAGGGAAACAUCCCAUUAGUGGAAACUUCCUCUCAUGAAAAUGUCAAUGUGGACUGUGCAUUUAUGACAUUAGCACAUUUGAUAGACCGCAAUCGAGGACGUAUUCGUAUUGUUCCGUUUUAUGAGGCAGCGAGACAUAGAAAGGAAAUUCUUGAUGUAGCAACAGAUGCCUUCCAAAGAUUAGUGCGCACUCAUGUUCUCGACUACCGGUCUAUAUGGGCCUCAACUAGUAAAAAACUUGCUCAAAGUUCUGAUUUUAUACACUAUGUGGACCUCUUUGGUAUGGACCAAGCGGCCAAACUGUUCCGUCGACACGUCAAGAAACUCAAAGAUGAAUACCUCCAGAGAAAAGUGGAGGCAUAUAUGGACAUGCUGCCCUCCAUUCUGCGUGAGUUCUUCCCGGACCUGCAGAGUUUAGAGGAUGGGGAUUGGCUAAGUAUACAACAAAGGAUAAGUGAACAUCCAGACUUUGAUCGAUACUUCCUGCGCUGCAACGAAGACAUCCCGUGGUCAGAGAAUGCUGAGCUCCUCGACUCGGCUGACACUCGUAUUCCAUUUGACGUCCUCGACUCCAAUGAAGCAGAAACGGUGUUCAAAAAUCAUGUUAAUGCUCUCCAGGCAGAACUGGAGAUGAGAGAGCUACCGCGAAGGAUGCGCGACAAGUUCAAGUUAUUGCUGGCAGAAACUGGGUAUGUUACGCCGGGCAAGAGACUCGACGAGGUACGUGUCCUCUUUAUGGGCAGAGAAAGCUUCGACUCACUCUCGGAACAUGAUCGUCAGUUUAUAUACGACCAACACCAAAAGGACAUCACCGAGAAAGCAAGACAGAAUUUCCAUGAGUUAUUACUGGAGCAGGCAGAGUUGUUCUACCACGUGAAAAGCAUCGCUCCCACUGGCACCAUCACCCAGGAGGACAUUCGUGACAUAACUCAGACCUUGCAAGAAGAUAGCAGAUAUAAGGCUUUGGACAGGCUAGAAAGUGAACGAACACUGUUGCUACUCCAGCACUUAGGCUUUGUCCACUGUCCCAAGAAAGAGCAUUGUCCCUCCUUCCCCAACUGUAUGGACUGCCUCAUUGAGAAAAUUAUAGCUAAUAAAGCUGCCAGUAACAGUCGUCCAGGGUCUGGCACUUGGAGCAGUAAAAAUGUAGAUUAUGGGGUUCGCAGUGACCCACAGGUCAACCUAGUCUUGUUAGGCAACCAAGGCUUGGCUGAAGAUCUUCAGAAUGUUAUUCGGUCUGUAUGUGAGGAUGAUGAGUUUGAGUUGGACAAUCAGAUCUUCUCACUAGACUACCGCAGCAUAGAUGGAGAUGUGUCACUCCCACAAAAUUCCUUCAAGACUCCUGAAUUCACUCCUCAUGGUGUUGUGUGUGCAUACAGCAAUGAGGCAUCUUUAGAGUACGUAAGAGAGUCAUUGGAGAAAUCAUUACUGACCCAGCUAGAACGAGAGGAGUCAACUCCGACACCACCCAUCACCGUCCUAUUUGCUCCAGACCCUGAUCUCGACCAUAAUGCCUCACAACACCUGCACGAUGAAGGGGCUAACCUAGCAGAUAGUCCCCCUGGCAGCUUGCAAUGCACCUUCAUGGACGUUGGGCCAAGCGUGGGAGGUGGGGAGGGGCGGAGGUUUGAUAGCAGCUUGGUGACGAAGGCCCUUCGCUCCCUCAUCACUAGCAUCCAGCACCGCAAUAACUCUCUCAACAUUUUCAACUCAGCUGUUCUGCCCAGAGACUCACAGCCAGAUAUUAGAAUUAUUAUGUGUAUGUUGUGUGGAGACCCAUACUCUGUGGAGAAUGUACUUAGUCCACUGCUCAGUCACCAGUGGUGUGUGGUGACAGGAGAGCAGUCCAUCUCACUCCAAACAUUCCUAGAUGACUGCAAGCGUCGUGUGGAGGUCAUUGUGUCAUCGUACCACGGUGCCAAUGCAUUUCGAGAAGACUUGGUGCAUGGGUUCAUCCUUGUGUACUCGACCAAACGCAAGGCAUCUUUAGCCACUCUCAGGGCUUUCUCCGCAAACAUUCCCAACCUUCCAAUCCAGAUUUUGGCAAUGACCGAUACAAACAGCGCGUCUGCGUUUUUUGGGUCGGAUAUCUCCCAGCAGCUUAUCACUGAAGGUAAUGCUAUUGCCGACAGACUGCAGGCACAUUUCAUGACCUCCACUGCAACUUGCCAACAGAAAACUGCAUUUUAUACGCCCUUCUUUAAGGAGGUGUGGGAUAAGAAGCCUGAGAUUGAGCAGGCAUUCAACAUGGAGGAUCCCUCUGGUCUGGAUGACUCUGGUGAGGGCACCCUGGAGCGACCCCCUCACCACUACCACCGCAGCAUCACACUGCCCCCACCGAGACGCAACCUUCCGCCCAGAUCUCAGUCUGCUGAAGGUUCUGAGAUUUAUGAGACAGUGCCGACUGAUGGUUCUCUGGCCGACGACCUGGAUGAACCCCUCUCUCCUGUGUUCCCUGAUGAUCAGCCUCUCACACCUUCAGAUGAUUCAGACAUUUACUCCCACAUUGAUAAUGAUGAAGAGGAGCACCUUGUCAAACCCUCACAACUCAUCAAGAAGCAACACAGAUUUCAACAAGAAUUAUUCCGACAAUCAUAUCCAAGCACAGAAUCUCUGCCCACGACUGUGUCUUCCCGCUCUAAGGUUUCCACCCAGCCCUCGGACUUGGAACCCACAUAUCCCCCCCUUCCUCCAUACCCUCCUCCACCUCCUUCAACUUCUCCACCACCCUAUAGUUUUGUCACACGUGACCCGUCCUUUGAUGGUGUGACUGGGGUAUCGUACCAACGGGAUGGGGCUUCCUCCCCCUCCCAGCGUGACCGACCCCCUCCAUACUCUUUUGCCCCACGCACCCUGCCCCAUGACAUGAACAAACCCCAACCAGCCCCCAGACACCAGUUCUUUAAGGCAGAGAGUUUGACGCUUGACCAUGGGGCCUCUGACCGAGACUACCUCGUGAUACGAGAGCGCGCAGACAGGGGUGGUCUUCAGGUGUACCCCCCUCCCACGACCCCCCCUGAGCCGGCUCCCCCUGACCGCGAGUGUGUGGAGGGCCCCCCACGCCGCUUGGUGAAGGCCACCACACUCCCCACACCCACUCUGCACUCUGCAACAUCUCGCACCUCCCUCGAUGACCUCACAUCUGACCUGAGCGGUUCACGCGACUCCCUCACUACACGCGACUCAGGCUGGCAGGAUGAGAGCCUGUGUUCCCGCCGACUUGAAGAUUACUGGGGCGAGGGAUACACUCCUCAGGCAUUUACAACCGGCCGGCGUGCUAAGUUUCCUCCUCCACCAACCAAACCGAGACCCAAGGCGAGCCAGACCCUGAAGACGUUGCAGACGCUGAGCGAUGCGGUGUAUCAGGUCACGACCAAGCAACCUGGCAAACUAAACCUUAAGGCCUAUAGCAACGUGACUGAUGCAAUUGGCAAAAUAAACCUCAAAGAUGCGGGCCUCCUACACUCUAAACUAACCAAAGGGGGUUCCGUGCACGCACCCCUUGCCACCCCAGAGAACAUGGACCUUGGCCCAGAUUACGCCGCUCAGGUGAAAGAUGCUGUUCCUGGCCUGUACAGCAGCUUCGAGGCAGGGGACUAUGGAUAUUCCCGCGUGCAAGAGAUACCCCAAGCUGCCAGUGCAAAGGCGAGGCGGCAGCGGAGGGAGAAGGGACGUCAAGCGUACUCGGACUCAGACUCUGAAUGGAGCUCCCUUGAGCGGCGCCGUAGUACCGAUUCCUACAAAGUCAACCGCAAAGCCGUACCCAAGAGGAUGAAAAAGAAGCGUCUCCCGAUACCCGUAGCUGCCCCCCGUGUGCCCCCCCUACCCUCCUUCUAUGUUGCCGAGGGAGGACCUGGCACUCGCUAUUCGGAUGAGAGGCUAUUGCUCGACCCCUAUGAGAAAGUGGUGAGCGGAUCAGCCUCAGAUGAUUCCGAGGCUACUGACAGAGAGGAUCCGGCUGCAUCGCGCUCCAAAUAUAAGCCUCAGAAACGCUCUAUUCAAUUUAAAAAGAAGACGGGCGGCAGGGAGGGCGUGGCAGUGCGCCCCCCCGUGGUGCCCCCCCUGCCCCCCACACAUCCCCCGCCCCACCCUCCCACCUCCCACCCACGCAUGGGGCUGGCUGCCACCCCUCACCACAACCCUCUCUCGUACCCCAUGGCAGCUCAGCUUCCCCCCGACACCGACUUAUUCUCCCCCUCAUUUGCCCCUGGCAAGCUUGAGGGAGAUCACAUGUACAGGGUGAUUCCUGAGGACGACUCUAGCCUUGAGGUAUCAUCUCCUCGUGACCAGCAAUCCCCAAUCCUCCCGCCCGGGGCACCAGCUCGUAAAGACACGGAUAAGACAGCUCGCCGCAAGCAAGAGAAGCUACGGUCACGGGAGGAGGCCCGCCAGAGAGAAGAGGAACGCAAGAGAGCCAAGGAUGAAGAAAAGAUGAAAAAAGCUGCAGAGAAAGAGAAGGAACGGGAAAAGAAGAAAGCAGCCAAAAGUUCAACCAAGGGCUCAACCAAAGGACCUCCCCAGCCAACCUUGGAUGAUUUUGCCCAGAGUCCUGAGCGAUCUGUGCCACUGUUCUUAGAGAAGUGUGUCUUCUUUAUUGAGGUGGAAGGGCUUGACUCUGAGGGGAUAUACCGUGUGCCAGGCAACAAGGUGCACGUGGAACAGCUAACGACCAAGUUUAAGGAAGAUAACACGGUGAUCUUUGCCGAGUUGGACAUUCCCGUGAAUGCUGCUGCUACAGCCCUGAAGGAUUACCUGAAACAGCUGCCACCCCUCCUGCCACAGAACCAGUUGACAGAACUCACCAUUAUUGCCAGCAUUGGAGACCGAAGCUUAAGGCUCCUUAGGUUAAAGGAGAUGCUGACCGGUCUACCACGAGUCAACUUUGAGGUCCUUAAGUUCAUCUUCCAACAUUUUGUGAGAGUUGCAGAAAAUUGCAAACUGAAUUCCAUGGAUAGCAAAAAUUUAGCAAUCUGUUGGUGGCCAACAUUGCUCCACACCCUCCAGUUUACAGACAUCGCUGAGUUUGAAUCUCAACGUCCACACAUCGAAGACAUCAUCCAGACCAUGAUUGACCAAUUCCCCUUCCUAUUCCAGGGCAAGGAGGAUUACGUCAUGGUCUGAUAUUAAGCUGCGUUUUCCUGGUAAACAUAACUUAAUUUGUUUACACUCAGCUCUCUUUUGCCAUCUUCGGUGAAAAUGCAGCUUUUGAUAAACAAAAAAGGUUAUGUUUAACAUGAAAACUUAACCCUCAUUUCCUGCAGCCAAGCCCUUUGCUGCACAUCAUUCUCGUGUGAACCAGGAAUCUCAAUACCAUAUGUUGUGUCUUGUGGUAAUACCUGGUCGCCAUUGGCUCUUGCCACAUGCGGCAUAACUUAAGACACUGUUGGCCACAACUGGAUAAUACUGUAUUGACAAUUUACACCAUGAACUAGGGUUAUUAACCCAUAAUGGAGAAAAUAUGACACGGUGCUGAUGAGUAACAGUUGAGAGUUGUGGCCAAGUGGUGUUGUUAGUUGCCCUGAACUGCCUGCCAGUUCAUCAGUGAACAAUAUCUUGUAAUUUUACUUCACACAGUAUUGUGUGUUAUGUAUCAUAGGAAAGUCAACCAAAGAAAAUUAUCUUUCCAGUAAGAGGAAUGAUAAUGAUUUGUGAUUAAAUCAGGCAGAGUAAGUGGAUGUUUCAACUAAAGUCAAAUUGUUGUAUCAGCAAUGUUGACUGAUUAUAAAUAGAUUAGAAUUUUGGGUCAACUUUCCAGUACAUUAAUUCUCUUUUACUGUGUCAUGCCAGAACAUAACCACAAAAACUGUGUGCAGACCAAGACUGGUGUCACAUAAGGUUUAGUAAGUCAGAUAACCACAUCUGUGGUGGGUAAUGUUUGGCCAGCAUAAAGCAGUAUUUGAUUAUAUUGGGAUUUUUCUCUCUCUCUUUUCUUCCCCUUCUCUCCUCACUCUCCUGUCUAUAUUCUCUUCUUUACUCUGCUCUGCUAUUCUCUUCUCCUAUCUUUCUCUCUCUGAAAAGACGAGUGUUCAAUAAUAAAUUCUUAUAUUGUAAAAAGAUCUGUAAUCUGGUAGUGUGGUGAUACAGUAACGUGGGAGUGGUCAAGGGAAAGUCAAAUGUAGUUUUGACACUUGGUGAGAAGGCAGUAUUAGGCACUAGCGUAUGAGUCUUAAGGGUUAGCCCCCAUGCCAGGCUGGGACUCUAGGCCACACAGAGCCCAUAGUUACAAAGCUCUCCCUCCCCUGCCCCCCAUCCCUAGCUGUGUGCCAACAACCCGACAGGAUGACCCGUACCUGUAUCUGGCUGGGAUUAGACACUCCAGCUUAUGAGAAGAUUUCCUGUGUGCCAUGAGGGAAAAUUUAGUUAACGUUUCAAACAGAAUUAGUCUUUUUAGCAGUAUGUUGCUUCUCUUGGCCAAUAUUAGGGCACGUACAGUCCCUUAUAGCAGUUUUUGGUGCCUCCUGAGGAGUAUCACCUUCCUCAGUAAUUGUGGUAAUUCCUGUGCAGUAUCCGCUCCCUGGGAUUCUUCAGUCCCUCCUAGGUAGAGUCCCAUUUCCCUGGCAGUGUGCGGCACUCCCAGGACUUUCUGGUUGGAGUACUUCCAUCGACGUCCAAGUUAGAUUCCUGUCAAAAUUUGAAAUCCUUCUAGAAAUUUUAAAAAGUUGAAGAUUAACCAGCAUUGACUGCCAAAAAAUUGAACUUACCAUAGGUAAAAUCAACCAAAAGUAUUAAUGUUUUGAGUUGGUGGUACUGUACUUUCAUUAUGAAGUAAAACAUUUGACAGAACUGCAGCCUAGGAAUCAGUGGAAGUGCCACAGUCACACUUGUUUAUGUGCUGGGACAGGAGCUCACAUAUCAAAUUGUUGAGUCUGGCCGUGUGAAGCAUUCCAUUGUACGACAGUGCUGCUUCUCACCUGUGGAUCAUCACUUAAACGUUCUCAUGACGUUAGUAUCCUGCCAUGUUAUAUCAGCAAUUGUGAGGGAAAUCACUUUAUGACCUCAGAUUUAUUAUUGCACAAGCACAUCGAGUUGUGUCGGUGUACCUCCAGUGUUGCUAUUGUAAAAGAGAUCAAUAUUUUGAUUGUCUAGUGAUCAGGCUGGUCGUUAUAAUACAUUUAAACUAUUCAAAUUUAGGAGAUCAAUUUUUUAUAUAUAUAUAUAUUUCCUGUUAUGUAUUAGGUUUUAAGUGGUUCAUAAGAACUAGCCAUAGGUUUGUUCACAUCAUAGGGUUUUUUUUUUCUAUGAACUAUAUAUAAAAAAUGUGUUCUCAAAUUGACCAAAUAAGCUGACUUUGUUUAAAUAUGAAUAUGUACAAUAAGUGACUAGUUGUGUGGGGUCAGUGUGAGCUGACAUUAUUACCUGUAUGAAUGAUAGUGCCAUAGUGUACGGCAAGGACAGGAAACAGUGCCAACGCCAUUGUCGACGUUUUGUCUCAUCGUCUCGCUAGUUGCUCCCUGUACUUUAUUUUGUUACUUUGCCUCGUUUAGUGUUAGCCAUGUGGCUGCCAAGUGGUACUAUGUGUGAAGUUAGCGCUAUUCUGUGUCAUGCAGUGUCGAGUGAUGGCAGGAGCCAGACCAAGAUCCCACGGGUGAUCGUCACUCAUUAGUCAUAGCACAAAUUUGAUAUGAAUCUCUUGUGGAAGUGCACCAGCACCUCAGUCAUCGGGGAUCAGCUCAAUUAGAAGUGUGGACUGUGUGUUCUCUGGUAAAUAUCAGUCAAAGGCUGUGUGUUAUGUCAGGCAACAUCAGUAAUAGGAUGAGUUAUGUCAGAUUACAUCAGUAAAGGGCUAUGUGAUGGCAGAUUACAUGUGGAAGAGGCUGGGUGAUGUCAGAUUACAUCAGUAAAGGGCUGUGUGAUGGCAGAUUACAUCAGUAAAGGGCUGUGUGAUGGCAGAUUACAAGAGGAAGAAGCUGUAUGAUAUCAGAUUACACCAAUAAAGGGCUGACUGUGAUGUCAAAUUACAUCAAAUGCAUAACUAUAUUGAGUGCUGGAGAUGAGGAUUGUGGUUCUCAAGGAACAAGGUGAUUUACGUUGAUGCUGGUGUAGAUGUUGCUGCUGGUGGCAGCGUCCCCGGCACCAUGGCUGGGUGCCACGUGUACAGUCUGUUGCAUAAUAUGUUCCUUGCCUUGGGCUUUAUAUUGCACUACCCUGUAUAGGUUACUUAAUGUAGUUGAAAUUGAAAAUAUGAUCAUUGUGUGAGAAGGUGAGGCAAUUACUUAAGUAGUCAUUUCUCAGAGGAGAGUUAAUUGACAUCAAGUGGUUAGUCAGAGCCUUGAUGUAUUUAUUAGUGUUGUCAUGUUUGGAAGAUUGGCAGUAUUUUAUUAUGACCAUAGUGAGUUUCAUCAUUGUUAUCUGUGAUUCACAAAAUUUUUGCAAAUUCAACAUCCAACCUAAAACCCAGUUGUGUCUGUUGAUGAUUUUUAUUAGUGUAACAACAGGCCAUAUUAUGUAACCAAAACAGCAAAUACUAGUCAUCAAGCCCUGCCCACUCGACUGCAUCAUGUAAAUUUAUUAAUGUAUUGCACUACAUAUUCUUGAAUUCAUUGUAUAAAGUCUUCAAGCUAUACAGACUUGUACAGCAUAUAUGACGAGUGAGAGAAUCCAUGUACAGUGGACCUUGAUGAAAGAGAGGUUUUGGUAGUAUACUAUAUAAUGCAUAUUUGGAUUAGUAUACUACUAACUAUGAAUAAAAGGCAUUUGCAGUU